GCAAUGGCUGGGGGAAGGAACAGCACAGCAAUUACAAAGUUUAUUCUCUUGGGAUUCUCUGAAUUUCCAAAGCUCACCAUUGUAGUCUUUUCAGUAUUCCUAGGGAUCUACCUCAUGACGGUGUCCUGGAACGUGGGCCUCAUCACCCUUAUUAGGAUGGACUCCCAUUUGCACACACCUAUGUACUUUUUCCUCAGUAACCUGUCUUUGCUGGACAUCUGCUAUGUUUCGACUGUAGCCCCCAGGAUGCUCUUGGACUUCUUCAAGAAGCAUAAAUCAAUCUCCUUUAUGGGGUGCACCAUGCAAUACUUCUUUUUCUCUAGCCUGGGUCUGACUGAGUGCUGUCUCCUGGCAGCCAUGGCCUACGAUCGCUAUGCUGCCAUUUGUAACCCUCUGCUCUACACAGCCUUCAUGUCCCCCACCCUCUGUGUGCAGACGGUGGUUGGAGCCUAUAUAACUGGUAUCUUUGGCUCCUUAAUCCAACUGUGUGCUUUACUUCGGCUCGACUUCUGUGGACCAAAUGUUAUCAACCACUUCUUCUGUGACCUGCCUCAAUUAUUAGUCCUCUCCUGCUCUGACACCUUUUUCCUACAAGUCAUAAAGUUUGUGAUAGCAGUGGUUUUUGGUGUGGCAUCCCUCUUAAUCAUCAUGAUAUCUUACGGUUAUAUCAUCGCCACCAUCUUGAAGAUCAGCUCAAUUGAAGGCCGGUCCAAGGCCUUCAACACCUGUGCUUCUCACCUGACAACAGUGACCCUUUUCUUUGGAUCAGGACUCUUUGUCUAUAUGCACCCCAGCAUUGAUAAUUCUCUGAGCUACGACAAGAUGACAUCAGUCUUCUACACUGUGGUGAUCCCCAUGCUGAAUCCUUUGAUUUACAGCCUGAGAAACAAGGAAAUCAAAGAUGCCCUUAAGAGGUGUAAGAAGAGGAUGUUUUCCCAUUGUCACAGUUACUUAAAGAUCUGGUAG